AUGGAUCCUCGUUCCGAGCUUCGCGGGCCCGUGGCUCUGAUGUGCAUUAAGUGCACACAAGCAUGUGAGAGAGCGAAUGGUCGAUGGGUAUGUGUCAACUGUGGCCUUGCCUACAAGUACGACGAAGGGAAUGUCGAAGUAGUGUCCCAUGAUAGUCCCACUGCCUAUGGUAAUGGGGUAGUUUCCCGACCUCUUUUGGGAGCACAAGAGCAAGGUCAUCGAUCUCCCUCUCCAUGUUUCUUUAAGACGGCAGAUAAACAUGAGAGCCACAAACACUGGACUCUCCCAGAUGUUGCCGAACAGGACCACCCGUUGAGUCAUGAUCAGGCCAGGGAUGGCUCUGUGCCCACACUCUCUGAAGUGUAUGCCCUCCAAGGAAGCUGUGACAGUGUUGACCACAGAUGGCGGGUUGUCGAUAAUGGCCCAAGCCAGGAGAGAGCUGAACCAAACGAAUCCUAUGAACCAAUGGACCUCGGUAACAACGAUGAGGAACCUAAUGACGAGGCGUUUCACUCUUGGAUCGAUGAAACAACUGGCCCAGGAAUGAACGGGAGACAAAGAGACAUUGGCCGCGUCUUGGAUCGAGUCGCCUUUCUUGGUCUGGACCGAGACACUUCUUCGAUGGCACUCCAAGACGACAUGAUGCUCGAAAUUUCCGAUGACACAGAUAUGGAGGAGUAA